AUGAGUCGACUGUAUGUAGAUUUAUCUAUGGAAGAAACCAAUACCGAGUCAGAUACGAACACGAGAUGGCAUCAAAACCGCAGUGAAAGUGAUGACGACUGCUAUCUUUGGUUUAGCACUCAUGUGGAUCCAUCUGAUGUAAUAGAAGCAACGGAGCAUCGACCAAAAUAUGAGUAUACAGUAACUGGGAGGAAGCGGAUAAAAUCUGGAUCGAAGACUAUAACGUUAGGAACAAAGGUGACACUUAAUGGAAAGACAGUGGCACUAUUCAAAUAUGAAAACACAUUCUAUGCUAUUGAAAAUGCGUGUCCCCAUCAAGCUGCUUCGCUUCAUCUUGGUGAUAUCGAGGACUUUGACGGCACACCAUGCGUCUCGUGCCCUCAACACAAGUGGCCCUUCUCGCUCGAAGACGGUCAGUGCAUUAUUCCAGUUAAUUGCAAGGCAGAGUGCUACCCAGUUCGUGUUAGACAGGAGAGAGAUGGAUCGAAAAUUCUUUAUGUAGGGUUCACGGCGAUCGCCGAUUUGUUAUUCCACGACGAUUCUUUUUAG